AUGCACACACAAGCAAACCUCGCCAGAAUACGCAAACUCAUGAAGACAAGCCCGUUUUCCUCCAUUACACACCGCCACGACUACCCGAUGAUUACCCCCGCCAGCCCCAUCAUCACCCGCAUUGGUGUCCCGCCGCUCCUCGGCAGCAAAACGCAAGAGCAACAUGAUUUGAAUGGUAGUGGUUCUGGUAUUAGCCAGCGGAUGUUGUCUGCGCGCAGGAUGGCGUACAGUGAGAAGCCGGUGAUGAAAAGGAUGGAGAAGACCAGCAGCCAGUCGAUACCCUUCACAGGGACGCUGGGGAGAGGGCCCAAGCGGUCUUCGUCUGUAACUUUUCUGUUCGGUGAUGUCAGCAAGCACCAUGUCAAGACUGACCUGGAGGUGAACAACAAAAUAGUCGUCAACUGCUUUACUCCUUACCGCGUUAGCUUUGGUUCACAAAAUCAGACUCUGGGAGUGACCUGCUGUGAUGAUUCUGGUCCCUUCUCCUCCUUUGAUGUCCCAUCAGCAGCCACAGCCGGUGAGAUGGACUGGGCGCUGCUCUCAUCACAAGGCGGAGAGAAGCCGGACUGGAAGUCCUUCACAUUCUUGGGAAAAAGUGACUCAAUGUCUGACGGGCUGAUUGGCGUUUCAGUCCCCAUCACAGCAUCUGCAAUCUCUGCCGUUUUGAACUGCCUCUUUGGAACAGAGUCCAGGUCUUCAGACUCUAUAAACUUGGGAUUGUUCUCCAAGUCAGGCACUGCAUCUUCUGACUGCAAGAGCUCAGAGGGCACAUCACUCUCUGAAAGAAAAAUACCAGACAAGAAAACACACAGCUGCCCUCAGUGUCCUCAGAGUUCCACACCAAAACCUGUCCUGAUUAAAAUCAGCCUGUUAGCAGAGUUUGUAGAAGAACUAAAGAAAACUGAGGAACAAGCAUCUUCGUAUGAUCCUUCCUAUGACGUGGAGAUGAGGCCUGUGAUUUCUGUGUUGGGAGGAAGCUGUCUGAUGUGUAUGGCCUCUUACUAUGAGCAAACCCUUCAACCUCAAUACAAAAUAAAACCAUCUUAUCAAAGCCACUUUACACCUUCAGGAGCACAUCUGUCAUUACCACGAUAA